GUAGUGCGCUCCUCGGUGUUCAGCCUGCCGGUAUUAUAUUAGAAGAAGAAGAAGCUCGGCGGAAUAAGCCGUAGAGGGAACAAAGGACGGCAGAGUGGGUUAACUAUUAUGGGAUCAGGCUGCUGCUGUUAGUCCGGGUUAAAACCACCAUGUCAAAACGACCAUCGUACGCCCCUCCUCCUCCCCCUGCCCCGACAACACAAAUGCCUUCCACCCCAGGGUUUGUGGGCUACAACCCUUACAGCCAUCUGGCCUACAACAACCUCCGGCUGGGAGGGAGCUCCGGAGGCUCCAGCAGGAACUCCUCGGGCAUCACCGUCCCAAAGCCUCCCAAACCACCAGACAAGCCGCUGAUGCCUUACAUGCGGUACAGCCGGAAGGUAAGCAGGAAGGUAUGGGACCAAGUGAAGGCGUCCAACCCGGACCUGAAGCUGUGGGAGAUCGGAAAGAUCAUCGGAGGGAUGUGGAGGGACCUGACAGACGAGGAGAAACAGGACUACCUGAACGAGUACGAGGCUGAAAAGAUUGAGUACAAUGACUCUAUGAAGGCCUACCACAACUCCCCCGCCUACCUGGCCUACGUUAAUGCCAAGAACCGGGCGGAGGCGGCCAUGGAGGAGGAGAGCAGACAGAGGCAGAGUCGUAUGGACAAAGGAGAGCCGUACAUGAGCAUCCAGCCAGCAGAAGACCCAGACGACUACGAUGAUGGAUUUUCAGUGAAGCACACAGCAGCCGCUCGCUUCCAGAGGAACCACCGGCUCAUCAGUGACAUCCUCAGUGAGAUCGUGGUGCCUGAUGUCCGCUCCGUGGUCACCACGGCCCGCAUGCAGGUCCUGAAGAGGCAGGUCCAGUCCCUCAUGGUGCACCAGAGGAAGCUGGAGGCGGAGCUCCUGCAGAUUGAGGAUCGCCACCAAGACAAGAAAAGACGCUUCCUGGAGACUACAGACUCCUUUAACACUGAACUCAAGAGGCUGUGCAGUCAGAAGGUGGAGGUGGACAUGGAGAAGCUGGCUGCAGAGAUGGCGGCAGCAGAGGAGGCAGCCCGGCGGCGAGCAGAGGAGAGAGAGCGUGAAGCGGCCGAGCAGGCGGAGAAAGCUGCUCAGCAGGCUCAACAACAGCAACAACAGGAAGCAGCUGGAAACAAGGCUGCAGAGCAGAGCAGUGCUAAUGCUAACAGCACGGCUAACCCCCCCUCAGGGACCAAGGAGGACGACAAACCCACACCUAUGGAGACAGAUGAGGCGGCCCCAGCAGAGCCUUCAUCAGACCCUCAGCCUGCUCCUCCUCCUCCAUCUGACCCCCCCUCUGAUAAAGCCAGUCCUCCCCCUGAGCCCCCCCGGGAGACCAGCACACCCGUGAGCAGCGCCCCCAGUGACGACAGCAGCAGCAGCAGCGGCAGCAUGCCCCCUCCCUCCUCAGAGAGCACGCCUCCAUCAGCUGCAGCCCCCGAACCUCCUAUGGCUCACGACCCUGCAAACACGGCCGCUCCUCCUCCCCCACCGCCUCCUCCCUCUGAGGAGCAGCCGCCACCACCGCCACCACUGCUGCACCCCGGCCAGAGCGGCGGCCCGCCGUACGACAUGUAACCCAGAGAUGGCGGCUGCAGGAGUGCUGAAUUAUUCCUGAUUUCAUCCCCCGGCCUCACGCAGCUCCACCACACCUUCUACCUUCUUUAAAUUUACCCAGCAUGCCCAGCUCCCUUACAUGAGUACAUAAAAUGUCACCAAAGAGGGCAACAUGUGACCCAACCAACUCUGUGCUGCAGACAUCGUAUGAGCCUUUCCUCUCCUUCAGCCAUGUCCCAUGAUGCAGUUUGUUAGUGGACAUCAUAAACAGGUAUCUCAGUGAACACCUGACAUUCACAACAUUAAAACAUGCAAGUUCAAGAAGAAUGGAACCACAGUCUUAUCAUUUUCCUGUAGAUUUAACAUCAGAAAUAUGUGACAUGAACCAAAAACAGGAUUACUGGCGGGUGGCUAAUGGACACCCCUUGUUUAGGUGGUUAAGUGUCUGAUUCAACAAAAUUCCUCGCAGUGUCUGAUAUUAGAGGCCUGAGGGUCUAAAUGUGGCAUCAGAAAAAACUAAACCAAGUCAAAAUUUUAUUCUUCCACCUGAAAAAACAUGAAUUCAGACUGUCUACAAAUCCUCCUUAUUCUGUUGUUAUUCCUUCAGCCUUCUGACCCAUUUCUUGUAAUUAAACCAGAGUAAAACUGCUUCAUUUGAGCUCAGUUCUUGGUGUCCAUCAGAGAAAUCCUGCUUCUGAUCCUCACUAACGGCUCAUCAAACGUGGACCCGGUCAGCCUUGAGGAGCUGGAAGCAGCAGGAAACUUCUCCAACCUUCACUAACGUGGACAGUUAAAGUAGAAACCUCAGAUAACUCCCACUGUGUCGACUUCGUACUGUUGGACGAGGCGGAGACGGCGAUGUACAAACCUCUACAUCUGCCAGUUUAUUUUCUUAGCUGCAAACGUGUGAGGUUCGGGAGAAAUCUUAGCUGAAGGACUUCGACCUUUACCCCCCUCCUCCUGUUAAAACCUCCAGACUUUUGUAGUUUUAUGAGUUUGUGUGAUUUUCACAACUACUGCUGUUCCUUCGACUUUAUUUUUAGAGAUCUAGAUAAACCUUUUAGAAGAAUAUAAUCAGCCUCAUUAUUAAAGCCGUACUCUUGAACCUGAGGAUGUUCCUGAGGCUGGCCGCACACCAGACGACUCUCAGAUCUGAUCUGAUUUUUAAAAAUGUGGUAGACCAGAAACACGAGGACAAUAUGAACUGAUUUUGAACAUCAGGAUCCUCUAGAAGGCUGUUUCAGUCAGGAUAUAUGGUGGCUGCAUUGCAGCUUCAAAGAUGAGGCUUGCCUGUACGCUGCGUCUCACGCUGAGAACCUUGAGUGGAAGGCUCUUCUGUCUCUACCAUGAUCUGUGUGCAUCUCUCAACCAAAGUAGUCAGGAAAAUGACGUAGAGAGCCAUAAUUUCUUCAUUUUACCAGACAUGUUGGUCAGUAUAGGUAGUCACAGACUUGAUAAACAGCUUCUUCUUCUGGUUUGUGCUUUUCAAAGUAAAAGCCAUUCCUGUGGCGAUCCAAAAUGCUUUUACUCUGAAUUUCCUGGCUCAGUUCUACAGUGAAUCAGGUCAGUUUUAGGGAGGUCAUCAAACUGUGACGGCGGGGAGACAGACAACAUGCAGCACGCGCACGCCUGGUAUGAAGCCUGGCGGUCUGAGCCGGAUUAUAAAUAUCAUGAUUAACAUGUUUGAUAUUUAUGAUUCCAUAUCAUGGAGGCUUUAACUUCAUCUGGAUCAGUAAAGUAGCCUGAUUAACAUCAUACACCAGAGGAUUAUUAGACUAAUAAAUGAUUAGGACAGGCCGUCAAUCAGACCACACCCCUCUGAUCGCUGAAGGGGAAUCAGACCCGGUACUGUCUGGUGUGUAGCCAGCCUGACUAGUUUAAACUCAUCAGGGAUGAGCGUUCCCAGGUUUGACUUUAGCAUGGAGAAAGGCACAUCCUCAUCACAUGUGCACCCCCGUUCUGCAUGCUGAGAAGUACUAACACCAUCCUGUAAAUGACUGACGAAGAGAAACGAGGGUGAGGAGUGAAAAUAAGACAGAAAACAAAGUCUGGGCAUGUCUAUACGGAGCAUUUUUAAUCUGAAGAUGAUCAAAUGUUAACAUGUAUGUUUCUGUAUUUAUCACAUUUCUAGAGAAACACUCUCAGUCUGACAGAUUCUACCCGGUUUUAUUUUUUUAAGACUUCUUUGUGCUGUUAGCUCACUGGCACAGAGACGUGCACACGCUCCCUCUUCCAGGUGUAACCUGGGACAUUUAAAGGACUGGUUUCUUACUUGAAUUUGGACUCUUUUUAGUAACAGGCCUGUUUUUGCAUCUUUCUUUUGUACUGUCUGAACUUAACAACCCUAAUAAAAUGAUUUCUCAGUC